AUGGGUGCGAAGAAGUCCGCUGUGAACCGUCCAAUGAAUGCCCAGCAGCGGGACGCUGAUAUUAGCACAAAGCUACAAAUAUACGGCAUCUAUAGUGCAUUUGCCAACGGGAAACUACCAUCAAACAAGCAAUGUGAUGUCGCCUUGAACAGCGCCAUCAAGUCAAAAUGGCUCUCGUCUCCACCAAAAGAACUCUCUGAAGAUGGCCGAACUCUGGUCAAGGACCUUCGUGAUGUUAUUGACAAGACAAAGCUACUCUUCCUUACCAAGAACGAGGGCGAGCUUAUACAAGAGUUCAUCUGGGAUGCCCAACAGAUUACUGGUGAAGAAUUUCAGAGAAUUACCGGCCCUGUCAGCAAGGAGUCUGCUCGCGGAGAUGCCGAUCAGGCCGCCGAGGGUUUCAAAACCCUGGGCACGCUUUUGAUCACUAAUGGAGAAUUCCGCAAGUUGUUGAGUGAUGCUGUCACCCUCCUUCGAGAUAUUGCUGGCGACACCGCGAGCAAGGCAGCCUCCAAGCUUCGACCCGACGAGGACGCUCUUGCGCAAAUCGAUCAACCUGCCGAAGAGAAUGUCUGGCAUGACAAGCCUGACCUCAACAAGGAGUCAUUGAAAGCACAAUUCAAGGAACAGACCGACCGAUUUAAACCUGCUAGCAAGCAAGAUGUUCAAGAAGCAGCUAAUGCUGCUACUACUGCUGCAACUGGUGGUCAGCAAGAUGCUUCAGUCUCUCAGAUUGACGCACGUGCUGGUGUCAAUGCUGCCAAGGAGACCCUGCAACAGCGCGCCGAGCAGAAUGUUGCACCUGAAGACCGGGACCAAGUUCGACAGGUUACUGAACAAGCACAAGCGGUAUCUUCUGAAUAUAAUCGGCGUAUUAAGGAUUUCUUGGCCUCCAAGAUGCCCAAAGAACGUCGUGAACAGAUCGUUUGGCGUUUGAAGAAGAUGAUUGUUGAGAUCCAGGGUCACUCUGAUUACCAACAAGCCAUCGAGACUCUCUUGAGUUUGGCUGAGUCAUAUGCUGGACAUGGAAGAGAUAUCUCUUCGCAAGGAACGACCGCUACUAAAGGGUUCAUGGAUAGCAAGAAGGACAUGCUGAUGCGACUCAAGAUUUUAAUCGAGAGAUUUGCGAAUAGCACAUCGACCGAUGACUUCUUUGAUUCGCUCAACACGAUCUAUCGCGAUGCCGACCAGGACCCGCGGUUGAAGGAAUGGUUUAGGGGUGUCGACACUUACAUUCGAAAAUGCCUGCGCGAGCAAGGGUUCAUCAUGCAAGAUGAAGCUAAUGACCAGUGGAACAAGCUGUACGAUGAGGGUCGCUUCUUGCUUCGAGACCGGUACAGAAGUCACACAGAUCGUAUUGCCGAUGAAGCCAAGUUUUUGGCCACUCAAUUUGACGAAGAUCCACAGAACCGAGCUUUCCGUCAAUCUUUGGAGAGACUCUUCAAGGAUCUGGGUCAGGACCAGUAUGGAAAGCCGACGUUCAAGCCCCAUUUGAUCAAAGACAUUACCAAUGUCAUCGUUCCUGAGAUAUUUGAGAAUGCCAGCUACAUUCCUAUUCCUCGAAUUGAGGUUUCCGACCCAGCUGUUGACAUGGUUAUCGAAAACCUUAUCAUCGAGAGCGACAACUUGAUGCCCAAUGUUUUAGAAUUCGGCACUGACAACUACUGGCGGUGGGGUCGUAAGAAGAUCAGCAGCUUCGACGACCACAAGGUUAUGAUUUCUGCAUCUGGCAUCCAAGCUGAUCUCCGUGAUGUGAGCUACUAUUUCAAGAAGAAGCAAGGAUUCCCUUCCCUCACCGACAUCGGUGUCAUGGACAUUCUUCUUGGUGGUUCAGGCUUCGGCUUCAAGAUUGCUGCCUCCAAAGCACAGAAGAAUGACCACAACGCAGUUUUUAAGCUUGAUAGUGUCAAGGUCAACGUGAAGAACCUUACCAUCAAGCUGAAGAAGUCCAAGCACAAGAUGCUUUUCAGCAUCUUCCGACCCAUGCUGUUAAAUGUUGUCCGACCUGUUCUUGAGAAGGUGUUGGAGGCCCAGAUUCGUGAGGCAUUCCAAAAGGCAGACGCAUUUGCCUACCAGGUACAGACCGAGGCUCAGCGUGCCCAGGAGACCAUGCGUGAGGAUCCUGAAAAUGCAAAGAAUAUCUUCGCCCGCUACGCCGAUGCUACUCGUCACGUCAUCACUGAGAAGAAGAAGCAGGCCGAAGCUAUCGCCGAGCGCGGAACCAAGGUUCAUAUGGCAAUGACUCACCAGGAUGCCAUGUUCAAGGACAUCAAAUUGCCUGGUGGUGUCACUAACAAAGCUACUGAGUUCAAGGAGCUUUCUGCUAAGGGUGAUCGCUGGCAAUCACCAGUUUUCAACUGGGGCGGUGCUUCACCCACUAGCAACUUUCCCAAGGCUUCCGCAGUGUCUCGCAAGCCUCAUACUGCCGCUGAAAGUCAUCUGCAGGAGAAGUCAACCGAUGGUGUCAAUGGAGUCGGAGCUAGUGCAGUCAAUGGACUCCACGGAGUCUCGACGACUGGAGCCACAGCUAGGGGAUCCAGUGGCAAGGCAAUGUUGCCAACCAAUGGUGUCACCAACGGCCAGUCUGCCACCAACGGUACUUUCCAGAAGGAAGUCGAGCGUGCUUUUGACGCAAACGGCACCACUCUUCCAACCCUAGGUGGUGUUUAA